CUGUCCUCUGCUUGCUGCCCCCCCGGGAACUUGCCAUUUACAACCAGCCGUCCAGAUACCCGCGCCCGGUGAAUAGACGCAGAAGAUGGAUGCCGGCACACGGGGCAGCCCACUGAGCAAGAUCACCAACGUCCGCAUACCCUACCAGCCGCCAUCAUCGCUCUGGGACAUCUCCCUCCACGACGGCCGGAUCGCCUCUGUGGAUGCCCAUGACAGUGCCUCGCAGACCGGGGGCGAGGGCACGCUAGAUGGAGGCAACCGCCUGCUCGCGCCAUCCCUCUGCCAUGCCCACAUCCAUCUCGACAAGUGCUUUCUCCUCCAGGACCCCAAGUUUGGCGACCUGCAGAUUGAGAGCGGCGACUUCAACGAGGCCAUGGACAUGACGGGCAAAGCCAAAUCCCGGUUCGACCAAGAGGAUCUGCUGAGGCGGGGCACACGACUCAUUGAAGAGAGCAUCCAGCACGGCGUCACCGCGAUGCGGGCAUUCGUAGAAGUGGACGGCGUAGUGGAGCUCCAGUGUCUGCAUGCCGGUCUGAAGCUCAAGGACGCUUUCCGAGAUCGGUGUGAGGUGCAAAUAUGUGCAUUCGCCCAACUUCCCCUGUUUUCUGGCCCGGACCACGGUGCGCAGGCAAGGGCGUUGAUGAGCACCGCUGCGUCUUUUGAGAACGUGCAUGUGCUUGGGAGCACGCCGUACGUAGAGGACAAUGAAGCAAAGUCCAAAGAAAACGUACGAUGGCUCACUCGAUUAGCACUCGAACAGGGCAAGCAUUUGGAUCUCCAUCUCGACUACUUCCUGGAAGAGGAGAAAUCACCUCUGGUCUGGAGCGCCCUGGAGAUAUUCCGAGAACUGCAGUGGGAUAAGAAAGGCGUCAGCAAACAGAUUACACUGGGACACUGCACCCGGCUGACGAGGUUCCGGAACGAUGAGUGGACGCAUCUGAGACAAGAAGUAGACAAGCUGCCCGUCUCUUUUGUUGGACUUCCGACUUCCGACCUGUUUAUGAUGCGGACGCCAGAGAAUGUACGCGGGACAUUGCCCAUCACUGAGCUUAUCAAUGAGCAUGGCUUCAAUGCUGCCAUUGCCAUCAACAACGUAGGCAACGCAUUCACUCCCUAUGGGAAUUGUGAUCCGCUGUCGAUAGCAUCUUUGGGGGUCGGCCUGUAUCAGGCUGGGACGAAGAAAGACGCUGAGCUGUUAUACGAAACCGUGUCAACCCGCGCAAAGGCGGCCAUUGGGUGCGAGUCUACUGAUUUAGUUCUGAAGCCUGGACAGCCUGCCGACUUUGUCAUGUUCGAUAGAAUGGACAGCGGGUGGCACUGCAGGAAGAGCGUGGCAGAGGUGGUGUAUGAUGCUGGACAUAGCCGUCGAACCAUUUACAGGGGGCGAGUGACGUCUUUGAAUAGUUGAUAUAGAGUUUACGCCCAGCCCCUACGUGAUAGCAUAAAC